AUGUGGAUGAUUCUGAGGUGGAGAAUUAUCUUCAAGGAACAAAUGUUGAUCCUCGUCGACCGCUUCUGCCAGCACGUGCCGAUGGAACUAUCGAAGGUCUUUGAGAUUCAAGGGCGGCGGCCGCCGGAACUAACGCGCCGUGUGCGUCGAAGGCGACCGCCGCCGCCACCAUCGGAUCACCCCGAUCCUACAUCGCCGGCGAGCGACGCCGCCCCCAGGUCGGCCCUGUCCUCUAUUGCGGGCUACCGCAGCCGCCAGCAGAUCGGGCUAGUCCUGCAUCGCCGGCGAGCUACGCCGCCACCAUGUCGGCAACGCCACUACAUCGAGGCCGCCACCAGUUCUACGCCGCCGCAACAUCCAGAGACGCCGCCAGACAUGGAUGGUCAAGGCGCUAGCGAGGAGUGUGAAGAGUAUCACCUCAUGUUUAGUAAGACCUUCAGAAGUGAGGAUGAAGGAUAUGAGUUCUAUAACGAUUAUGCAAAGGUCAAAGGGUUCAGUAUUAGGAAGGAGGAGGUGAAAUAUUUGCCAGGCACACACCUGGUUCAGAUGGACGAUGCAAGCUAAAGAUGGUUUCCAACCUGAGGGAAAUAACAGUAGACACGUUUGGUCUGAACAGAUAUGGAUAAUGUCGAGUCGCUGCUUAACCCUGACAAAGCCUAUGCGACCCCACAAGUUCUUACUAAUAGAAAUCAUCAUCUUUCCGCUCAAGUUGGUGGGACUAGAAGGAAUAGUACUCAGCUUGGUACCAUCUCUACUCAGAGGGUUUUGCUGACUCGUGGAAGGACCCGAAGGAACCGGUAACUAACUGGUGUAUAAGGGAGACAGAUAUCUGACCUAUUUGUAACCGGUGGUCUAGGUGUCCGUCGGUUGAGUUCUUGUAUCUGAGUAUGACUAGUUUGUUUCCUAGUACCUUUGCGGUGCUGUGGUUUCUCAUUGUUUUGUGACCCUGGUUGAUGUAAAUGCCAGUUUUACUUUUACCUAAUGAAGAGCUCCGUUUGAUUA